AUGGUUGGCCCUAGUCUGAAUUUCAACGUGGACGUCAACAAGUGCUUCGGCGGGUUAUGGAAAUCCAGAAGGCGGUCCAAAGCCGGCAUCAAGAUUGGGCCAUGGGGAACCCCUGGAGCCUGCAGCUUUGACAUUGCUGCAUCUGCCUCCCAAUUACAAGGGUCAGACUCCACACAGGAACCGUCGUCGAUAGCCUGGAGGUCUCCUACCUUGUCGACAGGAAAAACAUCGAAACACUUCGAACUACAGCCUGGCGAAUAUAUCAACUCGAUGGUUGGGUCCGUCAAUGAUUUGAACGGCGAAACUUGCAUCGCUAAGCUCGGAUUCGCAACCAAUUUCGGGAACACGCAUGGGCCUUUCGGGGCGGGCGGUGGAAAGGAGUACUCUGUUCCGGUCGUCGACGGUCGAAUUGUCGGAUUCUUUGGCCAGUACGACAAGUAUCUGAAGGCGAUCGGAGUCUAUUUGGCUCCUAAUUGA